AUGUCGCAGGAGCGCGUGAACCCAUUCUCCGACCCCAUUAGCGAAGAUGACAUCCCUCAACCCCAAAACCUCGAAACUCGGGAUACUGCCAAGUCUUUAGAGCACCCGUCAUGGAAGCCAUCGCAGGAUUCUGGAAGUCGUAUCUCUCAUUAUCCCAAGCCCAUUCUCCAAGAUGACGACAAUACAAACUCCGAGUGGGAGACCGUCGCGCCCGAUGAGGACGUCAUUCUCAGACCAAGUGUCCACCUCAGACAGCGUUUGGAAAUCGACCGCAGAGCAUAUCCAACUCACAAUGCCCUGGGUUGUGCUAGUGAAGCUGCGGAGCACGCGCAAUAUAGAACUGCUCUCAUGCCAACAAGCUCGUCUCGUAACUUGGCUCGUACAUUGCCAAUGCACACCAGUAACCGACCCAAGCAUGCUUCUCAGUGGCUGCGAGCAUCCAGCGUUUAUGAAGACGAUUCCGGUUUCCCCAAGAUCACCGACCAAAGCCAGCAGCAGGGCUGCCAACCUGAAACAUCUCGCGCUCUGACCAAGAAUCGGCCGGCUACACUGGGGUUUGACCGGAACGCUCAAGGUGAACUGGUAGCCAGCUACUCCAAGUCCUCCAGCCGAGCGAGCAAUGACCCUUUCAAAUUUGACGGCGCAGGUUACUCCAUGUUUCUCCAGUCAUCCGCCGAGAAAGAAGUCAGCAGAGCUCUCUACGGAGCGGGAACUUGGAGCGAAGUCCACAGCACGCCCGUCUACACUCCGCAAAGGAGUGAACGGCGCGUUUUCCAAGGGCAGUUCCAUACCAACGAGCAUCCGCUCUCCGAACUCGCCCAGCUGGUGAACAAUACAGCAGCUGAAAAAGAUACAGGUAGCGAUUGGCAGACGAUUACAACGGAACAAACCACUCACAGGGCCUUGGAGCUGACGCUUCGGUUGGAUAAAGAUGUAGGAAGCAGUCUGGCCGAUGUGUCAGAUGGAUCUGAGUACGAAUCGUUUGAUCACUUCCUUGGGGCUACUGCAGGUUCGCAGGAUUCUCGUGAGAGUCAUCAAGGGGGGGACGUGUAUUCCAACGCAAACCCGCGCCGUGCAUUUUUCUAUAGGUUCUCGCAGCCAACGUGCAGGAAUAGCCGAGUGUCUUCUGCUCGUCCUGUGGCUACAGUCCGGCAUCUCAGCCAUCUCAGCCGUCUGUCAAGCGAUACCUCGAACAAGCCCAAGUUUUCGAGUAAACUGUCCCAGAUGCGCAAACCAAUAAUGAGUUACAGCAGUCUAGACUCCGAGCCGGAGCAGGACAAUUUCGACACUACAACUCCCGUGUCUCCUGACACUGUUGUGGAAGUUGUCACCCCCCGACACAGCAAUCGGUCCAGUCCGCGAUGCAGACAAGACUCACGGGAGAUUCUUGGUCUCGGAACGCAGGACGGAAGCAUGAUAUAUAAAUCCCGAGACUUCGCGCCCCGAAACACGGCGGACUAUAAUCUUCCUAGCCUUCCGUUCCCACUUAUAAGUCUUCAAGAAGCAGCGCUUCGCCAGUCGCACGGCAUCGCUCGAGACGAGGCAGACUACACCACGGCCGGCUCCAUGUGCGACUCCAAAGCACGCCCCGAUACAAUUAGUACUAUUUCUUCGUACGGGCCCAAAACCCCAAUCACACCCGUUGGAGGCAUCCCGGGCACAAGUGGCAUCCCCAGACCACCACGAGCGCUUCGCCGACACAGCCCAGCGCGAGCUCUCCGGCAGCUCAACUCGUCGGCCAUCAUCGACACCCACUCCGGCUCAUUCUUCCGCAACUCCCUCCCGACCAACACAUCGCUCCUCAGCGCACGCUUCUUCCGCCUCAGCGGCUUCUCGGCGCGAACCACUCGCGAGCGUCGAGACGAGCCCAAGCACGUCUUCCUCACUUCCUCGGAAACAGAUCUCAUCCACUCCGCGAGGGAGGAUAUUCUGUGCCGACGCCGCCGGUGCCCGGAGGAAGACGCGCAGCAACGGCGGGUGUUUUUGGUGAUUUUUGUCAUGGCUGUCUUCUUCCCGCCGAUUGGGGCACUGGCACUGUACGGAAAGUUUGAUGCGACGAUUGCGUGGUAUGGCAAGGGCGAGAGAGGUUGCCUGACGCAGGAGCAGAGGAGCACGUUGAAACAGCAGCUUUUGGUCGAAGGAGUGUUGUAUCUGGGGCUGCUUACCUCGUUGGUUGUGUAUUAUUCCGUCCAUGGAUGA